AUCUGAGUGCUGGGUGGGCUUUGCGCUUUGUGGGAGCUGCGUCUGGUCAUCCGUGGGGUCAGAGGCACUGAGGGAUUUGUACCCUUGUGUUUGAGAUCGAUAUCUUUCUUACUGUUUGGUAUUUAUAGGUCUUUUUCUCACCUCAGAGGAUUACAACAGAAUCCCGCUAUGCCUCUGGGAACACCUGCCCCCCUAAACAAGCGGAAAAAGCCCUCCAGGAUCAUAACUGACCUAUCGCAUAUCAGUCAGAAUGAGUUUGAGACAGAGCCAGAGGCAUCCGAGUUCGAUCUGGGGACAAAGAUCCGGACCCCCAAAGAGAUCAUGUUGGAGGAGCUUUCCCUGCAGAACAACCGAGGCUCCAAGAUGUUUAAGAUGAGGCAGCAGAGAGUUAACAAGUUCAUCUACGAGAAUAAUCCUGAUAUUUUCACCAGCGACUCGAUGGACAACUUUCAGAAGUUUUUUCCUUCUUUGGGAGGUCAGCUCGGAGGUGAGUUUAUAAAUGUCGGAGGGCACUAUGUCAGCAAAGAGACAAGACAUCCGUAUAUAGGAGCCACACCUGUGGGAGGAGGGGCACCCAUGCCUCCUCCUAAGCCUGGAAGCAAAAGGGCAGGAGCUGGAGGAGCUGGAGGAGCAGGUGGCGCCGGAGGUGCAGGAGGAGGAGAAGGAGGACUGGCUGGGGAUGACAAAGGUGGUAGAGGAGACGCAGCGAGGGCUGGAAAAGACGGCAAAAGUAAGACACUGGUUGUUGUGAAGACGUACGUGUCACCAUGGGAGAAGGCCAUGAAGGGUGACGAGAACCUGCUAGCCACUCUAAAGUCUGAAAUGCCCGGUCCCAUUGAGCGAAAAGAUGUGCCAAAAUACAAAAGCUUCAACAGGAUGGCCAUACCCUUCGGCGGCUUUGAAAAGGCCAACCAGCUCAUGAAAUUCCAGUUGCCAGAAACCGAGGUGACCAAAGACGAGCCCGAACCCGCAGUGGUGUACCAACACGACAUUGGCUGCCGUCCCUCCUUCAACCGUACCCCUAUUGGCUGGGUGACCAGCGGUGAGCCCAGCAGCAUCCACAUGGAGACGGAUGCUGUGCCCUUUGAUGGAGAGACAGACGAGCUGUGAAAAAAAAUGAUCAUACUCUGAUUGCAAAUACUCCCUUGUUGUAACAUGUACACACACACACACACACACACACACACACACACACACACACACACACACACACACACACACACACACACACUGUAGGUAAGCUAAAAACACUCUGUAGAACAGAAUAAAUUGAAUGACUCAGUGUGACUACCAGAAAGUGUAAAUGCAUCUUCCUCUGUACUGAGUUGUGAGGCGAAGAAAAACCUAAAGAUGUUUAUCAACGAAUGUCAAGCAAAAGAGAAAAGCAUGACUUAUGUAUGAAGAUGGAGAUUUUGGCUAUGUGAUGUCUAUGUGUGCUCCCUGAAUGUUAAAAUGUUUCUUCAGUUUUUAUUUCCCUUUGAAUUUUAUGUGAAAACUCUUUGAUUCUUUGUAGAGGUAUAAACACCCCACAGUGCUGUCUGAUUAGGAAUCAAAGCUUUUGUUAAACUCUAAUGAAACAACACAAUUGUCUGAAUAAACCUUCCUCUUGUUGAAUGAUAAAAAGAAA